UUUGACAACCCUAGUAAAAAGGCAAAGAAGUAAACGCAGCAAAUUAACGUUAACCUUCCUUUUUUAAUAAAAACAAUAAGAAAAUCAUGUGGAACACGUCCUCUCUGCCCCACCACACAAACACGUAAAAUGCCACCCAAAAUCACACAGAUAACGCUCUGCGGAAACACACAGUGAAAGCGUUGUGAAAACACACAAAAACACAAGAAAAGAGAAGAGAAAAAAAGGCGAAACGAGAUAAGAAACAAAAUACAAAAAAUCCAAGUUGUCGUCAGCAGAAGCAGCAGCAACCACUGGGAACUGGGAUGAUGGAUUAGUCCGAGGGUCCAAGACGCUAGUUGGAACUUGGCAGAAGAUUAGGCACCGUUUAAUCACACCGACAAGAUCCGGAUCCUCUUCCAGGUCAAGAGGUAUCCCAGCACCAUGUCCUCGGCGGUCAACAUACAGAUCGUGUCGAUGCCCAAUCUGGCGAAAAUAGAGAACUUCCUGAAGGAUGUCAGCUACCGGGAGACGAUCGAGUACAGUGCCAACUUCAACACACGCCUGUGCAUCGAGCGGCGCCUGCGGCUGCCCUUCCUGGAUCCGCAAACGGGCGUUGCCCAGAACCACUCACAGCUGUUCAUGGACAAGCGGCAGCGGAUGCCGGGCUUUCGGCAGGGACAAAUCUACACGUAUCCGGCGGCCAGGUGGCGAAAGAGUCGCCGCCAAUACUUAACCAAAAUGUACAGUCGGUUUCCCGAGCGACCCUUUCAGGCGCUGCGCAAGGAGCACGAGGCGCUGGUGGCCAGCGGCGUUAAUCUCGGCAUUGGCCUGAGCGGCCUGGGUGGCGGCGUCGGCGGCGGCGGCGGCAGCAGUUCCUCCUCCCUCAGUCUCAACAUGCUGACAGGGGCGGGCACAACGACACCCUCGGUCCUAGCGGCCCUGCACAGCGACACGACGCACGACUUCAAUGGAGCCUUCAGCCUGGAGGAGUCCAGCUCUUUGGGUGCGGCCGGUGGCGACACCUCCGACAGCAAGGAUAGCCAACAGCAGCAGCAGCAGCAUCACCACCAGCACCACCAACAGCAGCAGCAGUCGUCGUCGCACUCCAAGGAUGAUCUGCCCAAGGAAUGGUUCUACGAUGACAUGGACAUGAAUGAUGUCGACUCGCUGGAAGAGCCAAAGUCGCCGGCAGACGAUGAGUACGACUACGAUCCACGCUACGGCAAUAAGAAGCGGCGCAAGCGUCGUGCCGGCAAGCGGGGCACAUCGAAUGCGGCUGGCGGUGACGGUGGUGGUGGCGGCGGCGGCGGUGGCGUUGGCUCCAGCGGCGGCUCCAGUGCCCGACGACGCAGUGGCGUGACGCGCACCCGCAUCACCACCACAGAUGCCGCUCUGGAUGCCUCCCUGGAGGCCAUAGAGCUGGGCGACAGUCUCCCUGGCAGCAAUGGCGGUGGCUGCGCUGGCGGCGGCGGUGGCGGAGGCACGCCCACUUCCAGCAGCGGUGUCGGCAACAACGGCGGCGGCAGUGGCGUCGGAGGCGGUGCCGGUGGCCGACGUUCCCGCGGAGUGGGCACACGCGGCCGGCGACGGACCAAAGGUGUCGGUGGCUCCUCCCUGGGUGGCUCAGCCUCUGGCCUCUCCCACAGCUCAUGUGAUCCGCACAGCCCGGGCAUGGUAAUCGAGCCGCCCUCCUUCGAGAGUGCCGCUGCGGCAGUGGGUGUCGGCGGCGUCGUCGAGGAUGGGAAUGCGCAUUUGCGCAACUAUCGAAAAUAUCUGUAACGAAUGAACCGAAUGAUGAUCAAUAAGAGCUCCCCCCUUCAACCCAUCUGCCCAACUACCGAUCCCUAUAUUACCUGCCUUGCACCCAAUCCACCUCUUCGCUCUGCAAGCCCCAACUAUUUUUGUGUAUUUUUAACACGUUGAUGUAGCUGUGUGUGUGUUUUUUUUUGUGCAUUGUUUUUCUAUACGGAUAUCUGCCGCCUAAUCUACAUCUUUUUGUUUUUUCUUGCACCUAAUUUAAAUCUAGCUUAAGUCCAUAGCUUAUUAGUUCCUUAUUUGAAAACGAAGAGCAGCAGCAGAAGCCCAAAACCCAAAACCCAAGCCCCAAACCCCAAACCCAAGAGACCGAAAGAAUCAAAUGCAAAUGGACCACGGACUAGGACUAGGACUAGAGGCAGAGACAGAGACAGCGGCCGUAGCAAAUUCAGUUCCAAUGUGUUGUCGUCUGUUUUAACUUUACGUUCCCAUAGCCAAUUAAUUGUUUGUAUUCCUACACAUGCAAUAUACACUAACGUCUGUCUGUCUGCCUGUUCCACUAUACAUUACCCCUCCUCGAACGCAUCGCUAGAGAGUCUCGAGUUCUUACUCACAAACUCGGACGGUUUCUCUGCCAUUUUGGAGCCUUUAUAAGGCUUAUUUGAUCAUUGCUGAAAACGAAGACAACACGAAAAUUGACAUAUGAAAUGAUUUGUAAUGUACUUUAGGCAAGUGUGAGGUAGGUUGGUGGACAGCAACUCGAUUUCGCAAACCAAAAUUUUUCUCUAGGAUCUUAAAACUUAAGAGCAUAAAAAAAAGGAAACAAAACAAAACCAA